UGUGUGCAAAGGGGGGGUAAUUACGGUGUAGAAUGUCCUCCUCAUCACUGGAGCUGAUCUAAGAACACAACAGUUAAUCAUCCACUAACCGGCAGAGAGGGACAGAGUGAGAGAAGGAGAGAGAAGCCAGUGUUGAGUGCUGCACUGUUGGAUAGAAAGAGAGACACUUGUAAGGCACCUGUAUUUGUAAAAAGGUAAAACAAAAAAGAAAAGAGAAGUCUUCCAUCAGAGAGUCUGGAAUAAAGGGCAUACUUACCUGAGAGUGGAAAGAUAACAAAUCUACAGCCGAGGACACACACCUGCUCCCGAAGAAGGAUUUUUAGCAGCAUUCUCCCUUCCUCUACAUCUGUGUGUGUUAGUUAUGUGUGUUCUAUGUGGACUGUCCAGUUUUUGGAUUUGAUUGUGUGUGUGUAAGAGGCGGCCACAUGGGGCUCGGGCCCUGUCUGGGAUGCCAGCUGCAGCAGUGAAGCCUUCUCUGGAGGACAUGGUGGCGGAGGGAGGGGGCGAAGGAGAGCACGGCGUGUCCCAGUGGGAAGCAUCGGGGCUGGGCCGGGAGCGGCUGCCUCUGCCCUCUCUGAAGGUCCCCAGGGAGCUGCUGCGGAGCUUCCCCCACUCUAAACGGGUGGGAUCCUAUCUGGUGGGGAAAAUGAUCAACAAGGGAUCGUUUGCCAAAGUGAUGGAGGGGCUACACAUCGGCACAGGGGAAAAGGUGGCCAUUAAGGUGAUCGACAAGAAGAAAGCACGGCAGGACUCAUACGUCCUGAAGAAUAUGAAGCGAGAACCUCGAAUUCAUCAGAUGGUCCGACAUCCUCACAUCGUCGUCCUGUUGGAGACUCUGGAGACGGAGAACAGCUACUACAUGGCCAUGGAGCUCUGUACUGGGGGAGACCUGAUGGACAGGAUCUGCGAGAGGAAGAGGCUGGAGGAGAGGGAGGUGCGGCGCUACACUCGCCAGAUCCUCUCUGCAGUGGAACACCUGCACAAACACGGCAUCGUACACAGAGAUUUAAAGAUUGAAAACUUCCUGCUGGACGAACAUAACAACAUAAAGAUUGUGGACUUUGGCCUGAGUAACACUCUGAAGGCUGAAUCUUUGUCUCUGGAGCUCCUCAACACCCAGUGUGGAAGUCCGGCCUACGCGGCCCCUGAGCUGCUCGCUCACAGGAAGUACGGACCCAAAGUUGACGUCUGGUCUGUAGGUGUGAGUAUGUUUGCCAUGCUGACAGGGACUCUUCCCUUCACUGUUGAGCCUUUCAACAUCAAACAGCUGCACCAGAAAAUGGUCAGUGGAGAGAUCAGCAGCCUCCCCAGUGACGUCAGCAAAGGUGCGGCGGCGUUUGUGUUGUCUCUCCUGGAGCCAGACCCAGCUAAGAGACCCAGUGUCAGAGCUGCGAUGGAGGAGAGAUGGAUCAACGAGGGAUAUACCAAGAAACCACUACGCUCACUCUCUCAUAAAAACAGGCUGUGUCCAGAGGAUCUCAACUCGUCUGUGCUGGCAUACAUGACAGAGACGCUGGGCUACUCCCUCUCUGAAAUCAUACACACACUCACCACCAACCGACCCUCCGCCAUCAUGGCCUCCUAUCACCUGCUGCUCAACAAGCUGAGCAGGAGCCAAAAAGGAGCCAAGACCAGCAAGAAGCUAGAGAGCAAUGACUGGAGUCUUCCGAGGAAGAAUACAUGGAGAGAGAGGAAUAACACUGAAUCAAAGACUCAGCAACAGAAUGAACCGACCAAUCAAAAAAGCAUGAAGCAGUCCAGCAGGCCUCUGAGAGCCCAACAGACAACUGAGUGUCAGAGCAACAGGAAGCGGCCUGAGGACCUGCACAGAAAGGACCACCGAGAGGACGCGGAGAACCGUCCACCCUCUCCAUCUCUACCCCAGCUUCGUCACUCUGCUUCUCCCUCAAUACCCCCUCGCCCUCCCUCCCCCUUCCCCGCCCCUCUGUGUGCAGAGGAUGGGGCCACUGAUGAGGAUAUCGCCAUCACCUUGGACACCAGAGAGACGCUGUUUCCUGAAGUGUCUGUGUUCGGAGACAGGGAACUCGUCCAUCUUUCUCCUCCUAAAAGCUCUCAACUCUGUGACUCCGCCCCUUGCCAAGUCCCCUUACCCUCUGAGCCAAUCAGAGACAGCAGCACAUCAAGACCGAUCCAACACACACACCUGCUCAGGACAACUCAAUCAGACGGGGUGGCAGACCCUGGGUCAGACUGCUUCCAUGACAACCGCCACCAUGACGACCGCUCUCAUCACCUGAGCAUCAACGAGCGUCUGGAGAAGCUGCAGACAUUUUAUUCCUCAGAGAAGAACGGCAUCUCUCCCAGGAUGCUCCUGGAGGCCGACACACAACCCACACACUCCUCAGACAGAGACCACCUGGUUACCAUGGAGACGACACAGACGUCACCCUCUGCCCCACUGCCUCGCCUGCGCAAUGUGGGGCUAAAAGACGGACGAGGCAGGAAGAUGACAUGGGUAGGGUUGACCCGACCCGGGCCCCCAGGACUGCUGGUGAACGGGUCUAAACCUCCUGCCUUCCCCUCACAGAGACAACAUACUUUGGUCAUUAAGAGCCUCAGGCAGGAGAGAGGCAAGAGAAGAGAUCUGUCGUCGGCAGCAGCAGGGGGAGGAGAAGAGAGAGGGACGGCAGGAGGUGGGAUAAAUGGAGCAAAGAGGAACUCAGUUCAGUUACGUUCAUCUCUCCAGCGUCGGGUGGCGGACCUGAAUCUGCCGCUGCUUCCUGCAGCCCUGCAGGGGAAGACAGAUAGGAAGAACCAGCUACACAGCAUGGACUACUGAUACAUAGCUGGGAAGACACCAUAGAGAGACAGUGAUAGUUGCCAGAACAAGGUGCAAUGGGAAGAGAAGAUAUAGGGCUAGAGGUUAGUGACACAUUUGGAAACCAGAUUAGCAAUUAAGAAAUACUGGCAUGUAUUGAAAUAGGGGCAACACUAAGGUGGAUGUAAGAGAAGAGGGAUAAUGGGUGGAAGGUAUGAAAUACUGACUACCGAUAGGGCAGCAGUUGAGAACUGCGCAUUGACGUUUUGAGGAACAGUUGUAAAUGGCACCUACAAAAAAGAUGCUAAAGCUGUUAUUCUCUACUACGACUCCUUCCCAAACAAGCAACAUACAGUAUGCUUCAUUUAUAUGCUGCAGUGCCAAAAAUUCUAACUCUGACUAAGCUCAUCAGUCUUAAUUCGGCCUUCGGUAACUAGGCUUUGGUCUAUCUACUUUUCUUCUGGACUUUCAACAUGUUAAUCUCCACCCAUCACAAUGUGAAGUGCAGAAUGCACACAGACUUAUGGUUCUAUUUGUAUUCACUGUUCUUAAAUACAUUUUUGUACUAACAUUGAAAGUCAAAGUAAAAGUUUUAAAUCUACCUUAACUUCUUGUUAUGUGUCUUCGUGGCUAAGUUAUUGCUCAAUUAACAAUAUAUGCUUUGACAUGUUUACUUGAGUUGUCUCUCAACAUAUCAUGCUCAGCCGUGAUAUCUCCACUUUAGCCAAAUAUGGAUUUUCUGCCUACAGAAAAGUGACCAAUGGCGCUAAAGGAAACUCAGGGCUUAAGGCCUUCCCUGUAAAGUAUAAGGUUAAUUUCACAUAUCAUGAAAUCUGUUGAAAUAAAAUAAUACAUUAUUUA